AUGGAGCUUAGCGGAUUCACGGUGGGAGUGGCCGGACUGCUUGCGCUGUAUGAAGUGGCGGCCAAAACAGUCCACUCUGUCGAACAUUUCUCGUCCGAAAGCCUGCAAUCGCGCUAUGACGCGACAAAGGUUUCAUUCGACCGAUGGGGGAAGGAGACGGGGAUAGCCAGAGAUGCUCUCGCGAAGGCUUCAGCUUUCCACCGGCAGCUUCAGGACCAGACCGCGGUCUCGGCUAUUGCAGACUUGUUGAAAUCAAUACGCGUCGUGCUCUCAGGUGUGGACUAUACUACUGCUCGUUAUCAUGACAAUGCAAAUCAUCAGACCUCCACAGAAUUGCACCUUCGAUCCAGGCUCCAGUCGGCAGCUUCGGAGUCUGAGAAGCUGUCGCGUCAAAUUGACGAUUUCGAUCGCCUGGUACAAAAGCUCUAUCUUCUAAUUCCACUCGAGGAUCUACCAUAUGACCAAUCUCAAGGGUUGCAAAGUGCCCUGCUUGAAUCACAUCGCUCGCACAAUCUUGACCGCAUCUUGCGUUGGCUAGAUGCAACAAUCUCUGAGGAUUAUUUUGACGCAUACUGCUCAACGCGCUUACAUACCACCUGCGAUUGGAUUCUUAAGCAUCGUACCUACGCCGCCUGGCUGAGAGGCCCAUUACGAGAGUCUUCAAAGGUCCUAUGGAUCCAUGGUCCUUCUGGAUACGGAAAGUCUGUGCUGUGCGCGUUUAUCAUUCAAAGGCUCCGUGACACUCGCAGCAAUUCAGUUUAUAACGCGUUCUGUUCUGCGGACAACGAAUUACAACGGGACCCAAUCUAUGUCCUUCGCGCCUGGAUAAUUCAAGCUGUAUCACGAGAUCAAUCUGUAUUUGAGAUGGUACACCAUUACCUCGACAAACAUCAUGAUCCGACUGCGCCCCCGUCAUGCAAGGCAGCCAAGGCAACGCAUUCGGAUCUCUGGAACCUGUUUCAGAAGCUUCUAUCCCAUGAUCCGAGUGCUAUCUUUAUCAUAGAUGGUUUGGAUGAGUGCCCACGGGUGAGUACGUCCAGGGUUGAUUCAAGCCGCAGCAGAGGUGAUGUGUUGGAUCAGCUCGUACACCUGCUACCAGAAUCCGCAGCUCGGCUUCUUGUGGUGAGUCGUAACGAAGACGACAUCAAAGCCCAGAUUGGCCCUCAUAAUGCAAAGCGGUCUGGUGUAAAGCUGUACGAACUGUCCCUCACAAAGGAUCUUGUUGCCCCGGAUGUUGCGCGGUUUGCAGAGCACGUCGUUGUUCAGAAGCUACCGGGUGAAUCGGACAAAUAUCAGCAGAAGAUUGCAGCCCAGAUGGCAGAGAAAUCUGACGGUAUGUUUCUAAUGGUUCGACUUCAGAGUCGGAACCUGCGACCACGGAAGCGGAAGAGAAAUUAUCAACUGCAUCCAUCAAUUGAUGAAAUGCCAACUGACCUUGUCCGGAUUUACGAGAGGGACUGGUCGAACAUCCAGAAUCUUUCUGACUCUGAUAGACGGCGUGCGGAAACAAUCUUACGAUGGGUCGUCUUUGCCAAUCGCCUCCUCACUAUUGCAGAGCUUUCCGAAGCUGUUACGUUCUUGGAUAAUCGUGAUGAGAAAUAUGUUCACGAAGAGAUUCUCGCCCUAUGUGACUCCUUCCUGGAACUUCGACCGUCCAAUACACCUACUGUGUGGGAUUCCCAUAUUGUUCAUUUGAUUCACUUCUCCGCGGUUGAAUUCCUCUUGGGUCAACAGACCUUUUCCGAUGCAAUGUCACAGUCAUUUUACCUGGGCCGUCAUUGUCUCGAGUACAUCAACAACAACAAAUCUUGGCAUGUCGAGGAAGAAAGCCAAAAUCCUAUUCGCAGCCUAUCAUUCCGUAAGUACGCUUCGUCAGAGUGGUACGAUCAUCUUAGGAGGGCUCAGCACCACCGGGAUAAAUUACGACCACAGCUUUUGUCUUUCUUUGCCGAGCCAAACCCAAACUGGGACAACUGGCGCCAAGAGUUUGAAUCAUCGGAAGAUACCGUAUUCGCAGCUUCCCGGUUAAGAGCCUUUUGCUCUUCACCCGGUGGUCGAAUGUAUUACGCAUGUCUUUUCGGGUUCCUGGAAGUGGUCAAAGAUUUACAUGGCAAACACAUGGCGAACAUUAACGAAGGGGGUGGCUUUUACGGGAACCCGGUGCAAGCCGCCAGUGUGGCGGGCAAUAUGGAUGUACUUCAAUUCCUGCUCAGAAAGAAUGCCAACAUUCAUGAGCAUGGUCGAUACGGCAGUGCCCUUCAUGCAGCCGCUGCACACGACCAGGAGACCGCAGCGCUCGAAUUAUUGAGCAGCGGGGCAUCUAUAUCAGCCACUGAUAGUGACGGCAACAGCCCAUUGUCGGUAGCGGCAAAACAUGCCAGUGACUCGGUCAGUCGGCUUCUAAUUAAUCGCCUAAUUGAUCAGGGAGUCGACUUGGAUGUUGCUGAUAAUGACGGCUGGACUUGCCUGCAUUGGGCUGCACAGUCUGGCGACAUAAAAACAUUUAAGCUGCUCCUUGAAAGCGGCUGUAGCAUUGAAUUAGCUGACGAAGAGGGAGAUAUGCCGCUUCAUAUAUCAACCCUCCAGGGGCAUGAGAAUUUAGUUCAAGCCAUGCUGGAUGCUGGUGCAGAUACUGAGGCAAGAGAUAGCGAAGGAUACACUGCCCUGCACAUUGCGGCGUCUUGUGGGCAUUACAGAACCUGUCAGGUAUUGAUUAAAGCUGGUGCAUGCCUCUACAGGUCUACGAUGACUGGGCGAACUCCCCUCCUUUACGCUGCUCUCCAGGGCGACCACAAAAUAGUGAAGCUUCUCCUGGAUUCCGAGACAUGCACUACCAUUCCUGAUCGUGAUGGAAACACUGCACCACUUAUGACUACAUGUGUUGAUAAUGAUGGAAACUCUGCACUACAUAUUGCUGCCGAGCACGGUCACCUGGAGGCAGCUAAGCUUCUGCUUAGCAGUAGGGCAGACCCUGCGUUACCAAAUUUCUACGGCGAGACGCCUUUGAUUCUGGCAUCCCUGAAGGGUAAGGUUGAAAUCAUACAACAGCUCCUUAAAGCUGGGGCCAAGGUUUCGAGAGCUGAUGAUGAUGGAGACACGGCUUUACAUUGCGCCGCGGAAAAUGGCUACCAGGAUAUAGUCGUAUCGCUUCUGGCCUGUGGUGCUGAUGUGUCCGCAAGCAAUUCCAAAGGUUGGACACCUCUACAUUUGGCAGCUUCGGAAGGCUAUAUCGAAGUGGUGCGGCCACUGAUCAGAGCACUGAUCGAAGCCGGGGGGGACAUUGAUAAAGUAAGGCACGACGGCCGGACAGCUUUGCAAUUGGCCUUUUACUUCGAGUACAGAGAUAUAAUCCUGCUUUUGCUAGACAAAAGCGCAUCCUUAGACUCUCUCGAUCUUUACGGGAUGGCCCCAUGGGAAUACGCGAGCGCGGAGUUUCGAGCAACUAUUCCACAGUGCCAGGAUUGCAGAGAACCCACAGAAUCUGAGCGGCAACAACGUGCCAAAGCGUCCAUUCGAAAGAUCGCACAAGGGAUAACGCCCGGGGGGAAGAAGGACUUGCUGACCCUCCUCGCUCUAGGUUAUUGCAUCCUAGUUUUGCAAGACACUGCCUCCGCUGCUGUUGUAUACGACCAAACUGUCUCAAUGAACAUGCACAGCAGGAACGGGCCUACCUUCCACCAUAAGGCAACCUACUGUGAGGGCUGCGAAGACAGCUCAGGUAUUGUCAGUACACGGUACGCCUGUACCAUAUGCGUCGAUCGGGAUUUUUGCGCCUCCUGCAUGACGCAGUAUAACGAGGGCGUAGAUUUCGACUUACGCAACCCAUGUAACGGGCAUCAGUUCUUAUGUAUUCCGAGUGAUGCCUUCAAGCCCGAGGAAUGUACUGAUAUCUACACGGAGAAGUUCGUCAAAUGGUUGAAGGACCUUGCGCUUCGGUAUCAGCCGGAAGAUUCAUGA